AUGGACUUAGAGAGAGAAGAGGAAGAGCCAGACAUUGACAAGAAUCAGGAAAUAUCACAAACCAAAGUUAAGUUCGACCCAUGGUGCCCACUUAGAGCUCCAAAAGCCGAGCUCAAACAACUCCCAGUUGGUCUAAGGUAUGAAUAUCUUGGUCCUAAUGAAACAUAUCCUGUUAUUGUUAAUGCUGCACUAACAAAAGAAGAGACCGCUUUACUUGUUCGCGAACUGAGAAAGCAUAGAAAGGCUCUUGGUUACUCUUUGGAUGAUUUAACAGGAAUCUCACCUGAACUAUGCACACAUCGCAUCAUCCUGGAGGAUGAGUCUAGUUCUUCAAUUGAACACCAAAGGAGGCUAAACCCAAACCUAAAGGAAGUUGUCAAGAAGGAGAUAAUGAAGCUAUUGAAAGCUGGAGUGAUUUAUCCAAUAUCAGAUAGUGCAUGGGUCAGCCCUGUACAUGUCGUGCCAAAGAAAGGAGGGAUCACAGUCAUCAAGAAUGAACAUGAUGAGCUCAUUCCAACAAGAACAAUCACUGGACACAGAAUGUGUGUCGACUACAGGAAACUGAACUCCUCCACACGCAAGGACCACUACCCCUUGCCAUUCAUAGAUCAGAUGCUUGAGCGCCUUGCCAAUCAUCAAUACUACUGUUUCUUGGAUGGAUACUCAGGAUUUUUCCAAAUUCCAAUCCACCCAGAUGAUCAGGAGAAGACUACAUUCACUUGUCCCUAUGGCACAUAUGCUUAUAGGAGAAUGCCUUUUGGAUUGUGCAAUGCUCCAGCUACAUUCCAAAGGUGUAUGAUGUCCAUAUUCACAGAUCUCAUAGAAGAGAUUAUGGAGGUUUUCAUGGAUGAUUUCUCAGUAUAUGGUUCUUCCUUUGAAUCAUGUUUGGGAAAUCUUGGAAGAGUGCUACAGAGAUGUGAAGACAAGCACCUAGUUCUAAAUUGGGAGAAGUGCCAUUUAUGGUUAGAGAUGGAAUAG